AUUGUUGCUUUGCUCACCAUAAUUUUCUCACCCUCUUAAUCCAAAACAGAACAGCGGAAGAAACCCUGCUUUUGGUUUACUUUCUUCAGUCUCACAAACCUUCACUGCUUCCAUGAGAAUCCGAUCUCAGACUAGAGCUUCUCUAACUGCCACAAUGGUUGGGUCCAGUGACAUGGUGAGUCCGUUGAUGCCAAAUGAUCCAUACAAUGCAGCACUGCAGGAGGCUGAAACUAAUGGAGAGUUGCCUCCCCUUAAAUCUCCUCGAGGCUCAAAAAGAAGAAGACAAGUUGCUAACCUGCUGGAAACCAAGGAUCAACACAUUCAAGAUCUGGUACCUAGCAAUAGUAUGCCAUUCACCAAUGCCCUGACAUGUAAAGCUCCAGCUCAAACCCAACAUGAACUGGAUGCUUCAGAGAAACAUAGCCCGACAAUUGUAUUUCUUCAAUCUCACCCAACAAUGCAGGAGUUGGCUGAUAUUGUAGCUGCUACUAAAACAGGAUUUGCAUUGACUGGUAGCGCAGCAUUGGGGAAUGUGGGACCGAUUAUAGGACAAAUGGAUAUUGGAGAAUGUGAAGACUCUUACCUGUUCCGUGUGUCUCUUCCAGGGGUGAAGAGAGAUGAAAGAGAAUUUAGCUGUGAAGUUAACAAUGAUGGCAAGGUCUCCUUAAGGGGAGUGACAACUACUGGCGAGAAAAGAGUAUACCGAUACUCUCAAAUGUUUGAAAUGCAAUCACAGAACCUUAACCCACCAGGACAUUUCUCAAUCUCAUUUCAGCUUCCCGGGCCAGUUGAUCCUCAGCAAUUUUCCGGUAGUUUUGGCACUGAUGGGAUUCUAGAGGGAAUUGUGAUGAAAAGACCAACUAAUUGAUAUCUAGGCAAGCCUUCUUUAGCCCUUCAUCUGAUGUAGUAACCGAUCACUCUGAACUCAGUAGUUGGUACAGAUUUUCUGAUUCAAGGGUCCUAUAAUGGCUAUCAUCUUUUCGCCUUGAGAUUUUAGAUCAUUAGAUAUUUAAUCAAAAUUGUAAUAUAAAAAUACUCUACCCCUUGUGCAUGAGUAAGAUAUGAUCAAUGGUAUUGAAAUGUAAGGAUUCAUUUACAGAAAAAUGCUUGACAAUGAUUUGAUUGGUCUGGUCUUGUUUGCAGCAUUAUAGUGAUGACAUGGAUGAGACUGAAAAUAAUCAAAUUAAGCCUUCCAU